UGUGAUAUUUGUGGUAAAUCAUUCUCUCAAAAAGGUAGCCUGACUUCUCACAAAUCCAUUCAUACAGGAGAGAAACCAUAUCACUGUGAUAUUUGUGGUAAAUCAUUCUCUCAAAAAGGUAACCUGACUUCUCACAAAUCCAUUCAUACAGGAGAGAAACCAUAUCACUGUGAUAUAUGUAAUAAGUCCUUUUAUAUAAGAAGUUCUUUAACUAAACACAAACUUAUUCAUGCUGAUGAGAAACCAUAUCAAUGUAGCAUUUGUGGUAAAUCAUUCACUCAAAAAUGUAACCUUACUCACCACAAACACAUUCAUACAGUAAAUCAUUCCCUUUGGAUUAUGCUGUUUAACUAA